UUGAAUUUCUUUGAAUUUCAUAACCCAACACAUUGUGCAAAGAAAAAAAACAUACAUAACAUCUCUGUGCCGAAUGUCAUUAAUUUUCAGUGGAAUGUGUCUUCCUUCAUUGAGAAAAGGUACAUUAUUAAAUUUCUAAAAAGUUAGUGUAUUGUUUAAAUGUGUUUUUAUGUGCAAGAAUAACUUCUACCAGAUUAUCUUUAUGAUAAAUUUGUCAUCUCCUGGAAUAUAAAGGCUACUGUGGUGAUUUCGAAGGUUUGCAACAAUGUGGUCCAGUCAAAAUAGUAAUCAACAAAGUAAAGAAAAUGAGGCAAGUAAACCAUCUACACUUGGGAUGACUAGUGCUAUUUCGACAGCAUAUCCUAAACCAUCAGAUAUUGUGAAAACUAAGGAAUUAGUUGACUCCUUAAAACCAUUUGAUUUGUUUGAGUCAGAUCAAGAACUAAAUCACAGGUUAGUGAUUUUAGGAAAAUUGAACUUGUUAGUGAAGCAAUGGAUAAAGGACACAUCAAUUUCCAAAAAUAUACCAGAAAGUAUUGCUGGAAAUGUGGGUGGUAAAAUCUAUACAUUUGGAAGUUAUCGUCUUGGAGUACAUAAUAAAGGAGCUGAUAUUGAUGCUCUAUGUGUAGCUCCAAGACACAUAUAUAGGGAAGAUUUUUUUAGUACAUUUUAUGAACUACUGAAGCAACAAACUGAAGUAACUGAUCUCAGAAGUGUGGAAGAGGCAUACGUCCCUGUGAUCAAAAUGAAUUUCGAUGGAAUAGAAAUCGAUAUGUUGUUUGCAAGACUUGAUUUGAAAGAAAUUCCGGAUACUAUGGAUUUACAAGAUGACCUCCUUUUAAGAAAAUUGGAUCAAAAGUGUGUGAGAAGCUUAAAUGGUUGCAGAGUCACCGACGAGAUUCUUCGAUUGGUUCCCAACAUAGAAAAUUUUAGGUUAACUUUGAGAACAAUCAAAAUAUGGGCAAAAAAACAUGGAAUUUAUAGUAAUGUGUUAGGGUACCUUGGGGGUGUUUCCUGGGCCAUGUUAGUUGCCCGUACCUGUCAGCUUUACCCCAAUGCGGCUCCAGCUACUUUGGUGCAGAAAUUCUUCCUGGUCUUUUCACAAUGGAAAUGGCCCCAACCAGUUCUAUUAAAACAACCUUCAAAUGUUAAUCUUGGAUUCACAGUUUGGGAUCCAAGGGUACAUGUUCAAGAUAGAUACCAUCUUAUGCCAAUCAUAACACCCGCAUAUCCUCAGCAAAACUCCACGUUCAAUGUUUCCGCUUCAACUCGUUCCAUUAUGGUGGAAGAAUUCAAACAAGGUCUGCAAAUAACGGAGGAUAUAAUGCAGAACAAGGAAAAGUGGGAGAAGUUAUUCGAACCUUCACUGUUCUUCUUGAAAUACAGACAUUUCAUUGUGUUGUUAGUUAGUGCUAACACACCAGAAGACCACUUGGAAUGGUGCGGAUUAGUAGAAAGUAAAGUUCGUUUGUUGAUAGGUAAUUUGGAGCGUAAUCAAUACAUAAAAUUAGCUCAUAUAAACCCCGAAAACUUCAAUCUCUUGGAAUCUCAGAUUCAACCGAAUCAGCAGAGUGUUAUGUGGUUCAUCGGUUUAGAGUUUGCAAAAUCGGAACACCUAAACUUGGACCUGACAAUUGAUAUUCAAACUUUCAUAGAAACAGUCAACAAAACGGCAUUGAAUAUAAAUAUGCUCAAGGAGGGCAUGACAUUGGAAGCGAAGAGCGUUAGAAGGAAACAGUUGACUCAGUAUUUGUCGAUGAGUAUAAUUAAGAGGGAAAGGAAAACAUCAGCCAAUAAAGCUAGCAGCAAUAAUGGAGAAUCCAAGAAACGACUUUCAGAUCAUGCUCAAGAAGGAGAAAAUAAGAAGUCCAGGUUAUCCACAGAUAUUCAAGGAGUUACGUGUGAUGACAGUUCAAAUACUUCGACAACAAUACAGUGUAAUGAUGAUUCAAACAGCAACAUGAGUUCUAAUGAAGAACCAACCUCGACAAAUGGCGUUCUACCAACAACAACAACAUCCCUUACAGAGGAAUCUCAACAGACGAAAGAAGCAAUAUGUACUUGAUAAAUGUGUCGUAGUAUGAAUUCUGGAUUAAUUUAUGUUUUAGGUGGCAAAACAGGAAAAAUCAAAAUGGCACCUAAUUCACGUACGUAUUUAAAUUUUAUUCCAGGAGGUUUAUGUGGCGAUAACAGGUAGAAUAUUAUCGCAAACGUGCAAUGUUCAACUCUAUCUAGAUGUGGAUGUGUCAACGUGAUUCAGUGUGAUGAAAAAAUUUUGUACAUAAUGAACGAUCCAUCCCCCCCAAAAACCCAACUAUUAAAUUAUGUUUAUUAUAGUAACUUUUUAUACUCUUAGAAUAUCAUAGACUUGUGUCUCUUGUUUUGCGGUAAUAUUUUACGGGUGUACAUAUGACCGGUCUCUUCGGUUUUUCUCUUUUAGAUAGCAUUGUUUCGUUGUUACCAUUAUUGUUGUUAUUUUUCCUUCUGAAAACUAAUUUAUUGACAAUUUCCUUUCUUCAUUAAUUUUGCUAUUGGAAUUCUAAAGGACUGAUCAGUAAUCUUUUAAUGUAAAAUUUCUGAUGACAAUAGAAGGUUUUGUUUCAAUAGCAAAAGAUUGGUACCCUUAUGGUAUUUUACUUUGAAGAAAAAAGGUUUGCUAGUGUAAAAUGAGCACGACCCUUUUGAAAAUAUUCAAAAGUUUAACAUUAAUUGAUGUUGAAACAAAGUCGGAUUGAUUUUAUUCAAUGAUCAGCUUUUUGGCGAAUUCUUUCAAAUUCUGAAUUCAAAUUUGAAGGGGACCUGUUUUUUGUUCACCCUAUACGUAACAUGACUCGCCUCGGUUGGACAGAUUACAAAAAGACGUUUCGAGAGAUUUCUUAUUUAUUUUGAUAUUGUUUUUUGUUCAUCAUCAUUAAUCGCAAAUCUUUCAUUUUUCUUUCAAAGGAAAUCAUUGAUUUAUUGAACUCACUAAUUAGUUCAUUUUUUUUUCAUUUACAUGGCGUCUUAAAAUGGGGGAAAGAAGCUGUUUAAGGUUGAUUUUUUACGAAAAAUGAUAGGUUUACCAUUAAGAACAAUUCAACAUGUAUAUAUUCAAAAGUUUUGACUUGUAAACCCAAAUCUCUGAAAUAAAUAUUUUCCCCAAGA